ACCAUCGCUAUAGUGAAAAAAUAGUUCACUAGCAACUCCAGCAUCCCCUUAACCUUACGUUUAAUAUCUCUGUGCAUGUAUUCUGAUACUUAUAGCUAAAAAUUGUCAGAUGUAGUUCACAUACACACACGUAUUCGUAAUACGUACGUGUUCGAUUUAAAAGUGCCUUACUUCAGACGCGACAUAGAUAAUACGAAAUGUACUUUAGACGAUUGACAUUUACGGCGCCUUUGGAAAUUUAGCAUUCCCGAUACGACAAUAGAGAAAAACGCUUUGCACCGUUUGCACCGUGACGCGAUGAUCAGAUGAUAAUGCAGCAGCGAAAAAAAGUGUGCGUGUGGAGAACAUAACCUGCAAUUUGCUACUGAUAUUAAUUUAUUAAUUUCUGUUGUCUGCAAAUUUUAAUGUAAUGCGAGAAUAUGUAAGCUGCAUUAUCUAGUUACUAACAGAUUACUGAUUGUAAAUAAUUUAACACAUAUUUAUACAAAUUUUACACAGUAUAAGCACAAAAAAUUCUGAUUUAUCUUAUUGUAUAUAUUUAAAUAUAUAAAAUUAUAUACAGAAGUAAUUGAUUAAGAUAUUAAUUUCGCGUAUAUUCAUUUUAUCUCAGUAGUUAUACUAAGAUCAUUUUGGAGUACAUGUAACAAAAUGACUAUAAUAUUAGGAGGUGGUAUAUCUGGUCUAUCAGCAGCGUAUUAUGCUGCUAAAAAUGCGAAAAUUACUUCCAUUAAUUUGCUGGAAGCGUCCAAUCGCCUGGGUGGUUGGAUACGCAGCAGAGUAUCGCCAAAUGGAGCAGUCUUCGAGCAGGGACCAAGAACCAUCAGAUUAGUUGGAGCAGCUGGAAAGAACACUCUUGACUUAGUAGAGGACCUCCAACUGACUGAUAAGUUAAUUCAUAUCGAAUUAAAUCAUCCCGCAGUAAAAAACAGAUUGAUUUACUCAGACGAAAUAUUGCAUUUGCUUCCCACCUCGUUAGCAGGUUUUUUCAAAACUACUUCACUGCUGAAUCGUUCCUUGAUAAGUUGCAUAUGGAGCGAUCUGAGAGCACCCAAAGUAUCCAAAGAGGAUGAAAGUAUACACAGCUUCUUUCAGAGAAGAUUCGGCCAGGAUGUCGCGGACAAUCUGAUCAGUCCAAUAAUCUGUGGAAUUUGCGCGGGGGACGCGCGUGAGAUAAGCGUCAAGUUUUUAUUUAAAUCUCUGUUCGAGGCGGAGCAGGAGCACGGAUCUGUAGUGAAGGGUAUGCUGCUGAAUAGACUGCAGAGGUCAAAAAAAGGUGACUCGGCAGGCACAAGCGAUGCCGAAUCCGCGGUUCCGCAUGGAGGUUUGGCGGCCAGAGCCCAAGCGAAACGUUGGACAUCAUGGGGCCUGCAGGGAGGACUCGAACAAUUGCCUCAAACGUUAGCCGACAGUUUAAAGGAACGGGGAGUGGAGAUACAAACUGGGAAGAAGUGCGAGAAGCUCACGUUUAAACCGGACCACGUGGAACUGUCGGUCAACUCAGGCGGUACUCGGGAAUGCUCGCGCGUGAUCUCGAGUAUAUGUGCUAAGGACUUGGCCGAGCUGGUGCAGGAGCAACAUCCCACGCUGUCGGCGGAAUUGAAGGCGAUACCCACCGUGACGGUAGCGGUAGUCAACCUCGAAUUUCAGGAGAACGUGUUGCCGUUGCAAGCGUUCGGCUUCCUCAUACCUCCGAAGGAGAAUCUUCCUCUGUUGGGAGUGAUCUUCGACUCCUGUGUAUUCCCUCAGAAAUCCACGGUGUUAACAGUAAUGAUGGGAGGCGCGUGGUUCGAGAAAUAUUUCGGGCCUAAUCCGACGGAGGAACAACUGUUAAAAACGGCAACCGACCACACGCGAGACAUUCUGUGUAUUGAGGAGGAACCAGUUGCACGUAACGUUGCCAUUCUGAAGGAUUGUAUUCCGCAGCACGUAGUGGGUCAUACUCAACGUGUAAAACGCAUCCGUGAAUACAUUUUCGAACACCGCAUCCCCCUCGGGCUGUGCGGUUCCUCGUACGACGGCGUGGGACUCAAUGACGUUAUUCUGUCAGCAAAACAGGUGGUUCGUGACAUCGUCAAGUAAUUGUGGUAUUGUGUGCUCGAGAGAUUCAUAUAAACACUGCGAGGACUAGUAACAGUGUACAAAGUGACUGUGACAUGCAAUCAACGUGCAUUCUUAGCAACUUCUUCUGUAACAAACCAUGCAAAAGAUAUGCAAACCUGUAUUAAAAAAACGCAAACAAAAUUUUUCAGAAAAUGCAAUGCAAUAGAGAAACUCCUGGGGGUGAUGAGAAUUCGAAUAUUAUUAUCGUUCUGUUUAAUCCAUCAUUUAUAAACAAUAACAAUAUUAAAUAAUUAUUCGGUCACUAUGCGGACAAUAGUUAUGCAGAAAUGGAAUAAACUGUAUUUCCUGUAA